CCUUAGCCAACACGGAAGCGCUUGGGAUCACUAAUUGAAUCGUGUGGUAUUACAUUUGUCUUAAAAAGGGAUGUCUUUUCGUAAUAUUUCCAAAGAGGCGCUGGUCGGAUCCAUCACACUGGGUGUGGUUUUUGUCGCCGGUUAUUUCUUCGGGAAAAAGAAAUCUUACAGAAUGAGCAUCUCCAAAAGUCACUGUGGGGGAAAAGACAACCCACUGAUGCAGUAUGUCCUCAAUCACUCCAUGAGGGAGCAUCCGGUCCUGAAAAAGCUCAGGCUGAGGACAAUGGAAGACUCCUGGAACAUCAUGAUGGUCGCCUGUGAGCAGGCACAGUUCAUGGGCAAUCUGGCAAAACUAAUAAACGCCAAGAAAGCAUUAGAGAUCGGAGUAUACACAGGUUACAACACACUGAACAUGGCACUAUCUUUGCCUGACGAUGGAGUUGUGGUGGCAUGUGACAUAAGUGAAGAAUACACCGGCAUUGGAAAACCCUUCUGGAAAGAGGCUGGAGUUGAGCACAAAAUUGAUCUACGCAUACAGCCGGCAGUGAACACUCUAGAUGAUCUCCUUGCUGCUGGUCAGGCUGGAACAUUUGACUUUGCCUUCAUUGAUGCAGACAAAGUUAACUAUGACAACUACUAUGAAAGGUCUCUGCAGCUGUUGAGGAAAGGCGGCAUCAUUGCCAUCGACAAUGUGCUGUGGGGUGGGAAGGUGCUGAAUCCGGCUCCUGAUGACGCAGACACUCUGGCCAUUGACAAGCUAAACAAGAAGUUGCACAAAGAUGCUCGCAUCAGCCUCAGCAUGCUCACAGUGGGAGAUGGGCUUACACUGGCUGUCAAACUAUAGGAUGUGUGUGAGAGGUUCAAUAGAUAUUUCGUAUCUGGGAUAUGUGAUGGUAGCUGUAACAUAUGUACGUGUUACUGUCUGGGAUCAUGUUACUAAAGGUUAAUAUGGAGAUCAAGGAACACUGUAUUUUUAAGUGAUUUCAGUGUUAUGUUUUAUUACAGGACACAAGGAUGAAAAAAGAAAACAAACUGUACAUGUCA